CGCUAGGGCCCUGCCCGGCCUCAGAGGACUCACUCAGCCUUUGUUUUCCAGGAACCUGGGCAAGUCCGGCCUGCGGGUCUCCUGCCUGGGCCUCGGAACGUGGGUGACCUUCGGCGGCCAGAUCACAGAUGAGAUGGCAGAGCAGCUCAUGACCUUGGCCUACGACAACGGCAUCAACCUCUUCGACACGGCGGAAGUCUACGCGGCGGGCAAGGCCGAGGUGGUGCUGGGGAACAUCAUCAAGAAGAAGGGCUGGAGGCGGUCCAGCCUCGUCAUCACCACCAAGAUCUUCUGGGGAGGAAAAGCAGAGACCGAGAGGGGCCUUUCGAGGAAGCACAUAAUAGAAGGUAAGGGGGCGCGGAGCGCACACCGCGGCCCGCAUCCCCGGCAACGCAGAAGCGGGGGAAGCUCAGGCCCCCGCAGAGCCUCUGCUCCGUGCACCCCGGGCGCCCUGCGGGCUCUGAGCCGCAGGGGCGUAGUGGCAGGAAGACCUUCCAGCAUCUAA